UUUCUAAAGUUUUAAUUUCUAUAAUAUAAUGGAGAAAGUCUUCACAUAUUUUUACUUAAUAGCACUCAUGUUGCUUUACUUGGGUGUGGCUAGUUUAGCCAUGACUCAAACCAACAUUACAACUGAUCAAUCCGCUCUUCUUUCCUUGAAAUUCCAAAUCAUUUCGGAUCCCUUUCACUUGUUGGAUGAAAGUUGGUCUCCAGCUAUUUCUGUUUGUCAUUGGGUUGGAGUCACUUGUGGUUCUCACCACAAAAGAGUGACGUCAUUGAAUAUUUCCAACUUGGAUCUUAUAGGCAAAAUUCCUUCUGAUUUUGGGAAUCUCACAUCACUUGUUUCUCUUGACUUGAGUAGCAAUAAUUUCUACGGAAAAUUGCCUCAAGAAAUGGCACAUCUUCAUAGGUUAAGGUUUGUUGAACUUAGUUUUAACAACUUUAGCGGAGAGGUUCCUUCCUGGUUCGGGGUCUUACACCAACUUCAAGUUCUGACUCUAAGGAAUAACAGUUUCAAUGGUCCCAUCACCCUCUCUUUAUUUUCUAAUAUUUCCACACUUCAAACUUUGGAUUUGACAUACAAUUCCUUAGAGGGCCAAAUACCAAAAGAAAAAGGAAAUCUUGAAAACCUGAGGGUUUUAAGAUUAUCUGGCAACAAGUUUAUAGGUUCUAUCCCUCCGUCUCUCUCGAAUGCCUCAAUGUUGAUGACAUUAGAACUAUCUCACAAUUUCCUUGGAGGAAACAUUCCAGAAGAGAUUGGAAAACUUCAAAACCUAAAACUUUUGUCAAUAGAAUCCAAUCAACUUACAGGUUCUAUACCAUUCUCGAUCUUCAACAUUUCUGGAAUUGAGAUCAUUGCAUUUACAAAUAAUACCUUAUCAGGAAAUCUUCCUUAUGAUAUGUGUAAUUGUCUUCCAAUGCUCGAAAUGCUCUAUCUAAGUGACAACAAGCUAUAUGGUCAUAUGCCUGUAAGCUUGCCAAAUUGUUCGAACCUUCAAAUAUUGUCUUUAUCUAAUAACAAGUUUGACGGACCCAUACAUAGUGAAAUCGGGAUUCUUAAUAAUUUGGUGAUUUUAGCACUGGAUACUAACCAUAUUUCUGGUCAUUUCCCAAUCUCCACAUUCAAUAUCUCCUCAUUACAGGUUUUGGUACUGAAUCACAACAAUCUGAUUGGAUCCUUGCCAAGGGAGGUUAGCAAUUUGACAGAAUUGCAAAUUCUAGAUCUUGCCGAUAAUAAUCUUACAGGUGAGAUACCGAAAAAGUUUAGCAAUCACAUUGAGCGGUUUGAUCUUAGUUUCAACAAGUUUACUGGUUCACUACCAAUGGAGAUUUUCAACAUAUCGGGUAUGAGAGAGAUUCAAGUUAUUUUCAAUAAUGUGACAGGAACUCUCCCAUUAAACAUAGGUUCAACGUUACCCAACAUUGAAGUUAUUCAUCUGGGCAACUUAAAUCUUUAUGGGACUAUACCUCAUUCUCUCUCCAAUUGUUCCAAACUCACUAGUCUAGACCUUUCCCUCAAUAGACUAACCGGUAUGAUUCCCAACUCUCUCGGAAGUUUGACUCAUCUACAGUCCCUAAGCUUGGCAAUAAACAAUUUAAUGGGCGAUAGUAGGUUAAGCUUCUUGACUUCCUUGUCAAAUUGUAGAGAUUUAAAAAUUCUUUUCCUCUCUUCGAACCCUCUAUAUGGUGUGCUUCCAGAAUCCAUAGGGAACCUUUCCAGUACUUCUCUUCUAAGGUUUAGAGCUAUUGAUUGCAAAAUUAAGGGGGAAAUUCCAAAAGGAAUUGGGAACUUAAGCAGCUUAUUAGAGCUCGAUCUUUCUAGAAACGGUUUCACUGGACCAAUUCCCACAACAAUCAGCAACUUGAGAUCCCUUCAGAGCUUGAAGUUGAGUGUCAACAAACUUUCUGGAUAUAUUGGAGAUGAUCUAUGCAAAUUACAGAACUUGGGUUAUUUAAACUUGACUCUGAAUCAACUUUCAGGAUCUCUUCCGAAUUGUUUGGGAAACUUAACUUCCCUUCGGGAGAUGAUUCUAGGUUCCAACAAAUUGCGUUCAAUCAUUCCAAAAAGCUUAGGAAACCUCAUAAACCUCUUGAAGCUAGACUUAUCCUCAAACAACUUGGGUGGCUCUAUACCUCUGGAAAUUGGAAAUCUAAAGGCUGCGAUAUAUAUGGAUCUAUCAAUAAAUACACUCUCAAAUAGAAUUCCUAAAGAAAUUGGUAGCUUGCAAAAUCUUAUAUACCUUUCUUUGAGAGACAACAAAUUGCAAGGAUCAAUUCCUGGCUCGAUGAGCAGCAUUUCAGCUUUGGAAUUUCUAGACCUUUCUCAUAACAAUGUUUCAGGAUUGAUUCCCAAGUCUUUGGAGAAGCUUCUAUAUCUCAAGUAUUUCAACAUCUCAUUCAACAAGUUGAUUGGUGAAAUCCCCUCGAAUGGUCCUUUCGAGAACCUCUCCGGUGAGUCUUUCAUGUCUAAUGAAGCAUUGUGUGGAUCUCCAAGAUUUUGUGUUCCCCCAUGCCACAGUAGCACAUCAAAGCAUAAAUCCAAGAGGAAAAAAGUGAUUGUUCUUGUUCUACCGGGUGCACUUGUAUUAGUCUCCAUCGCCUUUGCCCUUUUAUGGAUAAGGAAUACAAGAGGUAAAAGAACCGAUCCUCAGCAAGCAGUUGAUUCAUCCUUUGUCGUCUCAACAAAAGGAAGAAUUUCAUACUAUGAACUGCUUCGAGCAACUGAUUCACUCAGUGAGAUCAAUUUAAUUGGUUCUGGGAGUUUCGGCUCUGUUUACAAAGGCAUCCUUGGAGAUGGGACUUUCAUUGCAGCUAAAGUGUUCAACCCACAAUUGCAAGUGGCAUUUAGGAGUUUUGAUACAGAAUGUCAAGUUUUGCGCAACCUUCGUCAUAGGAAUCUCACCAAAGUCAUCACCAGUUGUUCCAACCUUGAAUUUAAGGCUUUAAUACUCGAGUACAUGCCCAAUGGGAGCCUCGAUAAGUGGUUGUAUUCACACAACUACUUCUUAGACAUCAAUCAUAGGCUAAGUAUAAUGAUAGAUGUAGCAUGUGCAUUGGAAUAUCUCCAUCAUGGUUGCCCAUUGCCCGUGAUUCAUUGUGAUUUGAAGCCUAGUAACGUCUUGUUGGAUGAGGACAUGGUUGCCCACCUAAGUGACUUUGGAAUUUCAAAGCUGCUUUCUGAAGAUGAGAGUUCUUUAUACACUAAAACAUUAGCAACGUUUGGUUAUAUUGCACCAGAGUAUGGACUGGAGGGAUUGUUGUCAAUAAAAUGUGAUGUUUAUAGUUACGGGAUCAUGUUGAUGGAAACAUUUACUAGGAAAAAUCCUAAUGAUGAAAUGUUCGAUGGAGAUUUUAGUUUGAAACAAUGGGUGAGAAAUUCACUCCCACAAGCAGCAAUGGAAAUUGUCGAUGCCAACUUAAUAUCGCCACAUGAUAAUCACUUAAUGAAAAAGCUAGAUUGUGUGGUAUCCAUCAUGAAAGUGGCAAUAGAUUGUUGUGUUGAAUCUCCUAAAGGAAGGAUUGACAUGAAAGACGUUGUGGGAAGGUUAAAGAUGAUCAAGAUUCAACUUCUUGCGUGUUGAGGAAGAUCUUAUUAGAAACUUUUCUUCCAAAUCAUCUCAUGUGUAACAAACAUUUGCAAUAAUAGUUAGCUUCAAAUAAGUUAUAGCGUUAUGUCUUUCAUAACAUAGAGAAUUGAUGGGCAUGUAUACCUCUUUGGUCUUGAAUUUGUACAGUGGUUUUGGCCUAAUACCUUUACUUUUUUCCAUCUUUUUAACUUUAACAAUGUAAAUAGAACUCUCAAUAUUGAAUAA